GGUUGACCUUGAAGGGCUCAGCAACCUACAUCAGUGCACGAUUCACCUGAAGCGUUACCGUUCUGAAGUUGCGUGGCGCGUUCAAGAUCUGACUGCUACCUUGCUUUCGACUACUGGAUUACCUUCACAUUAUACCUUCAUCACUGUUAUCUAUUGUCGAAUACAUUUAUUACUUAGUACUGUCAUUUGAUCCCUGUUGAACUUGAACUGGACAAAUAUCAAUAUGCAGAUAUAUACUUCUGAAAAGCGUGGCUCCGAUACGACUGGAGACGGGACAGAAACAGCUCCUCUUAAAACUGUUCUUCAGGCCAUCACUAAGUUAGAUGGAAAAAUUGAUGCAGAUACGCGCAUUUGGGUUGAUGGUGUUGAAAAUGGAAUGUGGGAUCCUGUAUCUAAAUCUAAACUAAAAAAGGUGAUCAAACAAUAUCAUAUUCAAGAAAGGAAACAUGAUAAGGUGUCAAAGGAGAAAGUUCCAUCUGCUGAAAACGGUAAUCUUAGUGAAGCAGUGGAUACUCAACUGCGUUUGGACACAGAAUUACCUGAAGCGAAACGAUGUAAAAUUCGUGAUGUACAAACUUUAUACCAUCAACGUGUAUGUGUGUAUGGUUGGGUGCAUCGAAUACGUCGUCAGAGUAAAACUUUAAUGUUCAUUAUACUUCGCGAUGGCACUGGGUUCCUGCAAUGUGUUUUUUCAAACAACCUGUGUUUAACUCAGGAUGCAAUCACACUAUCACCAGAGUCUACUGUCGAAGUUUAUGGAGUGGUAAAACAAUUGCCAUCUGGCAAGUCAGCUCCUGGAGGCAUAGAAUUGGUUGCUGAUGGUUGGGCGAUAAUUGGUAAAGCACCAGCUGGUGGCAUCGACUCUAUAUUAACUGUGGAAAGUGAUAUAGACACUCAGUUGGACAACAGACAUUUGGUUAUUCGAGGAGAAAAUACAGCGAAAGUGCUCAGGCUCGUCAGUGUUGCUUUGGAAGCUUUUCGUGCACAUUUCGUAGAUCGUGGUUAUGUGGAGGUUUUACCGCCGACAUUUGUUCAAACUCAAGUCGAAGGCAGUGCUACAUUGUUUUCUUUGAAUUACUUUGGUGAGACUGCAUUCAUGUCUCAAUCGUCUCAGUUGUAUUUAGAAACAUGUAUACCUGCUGUAGGUGACUGCUUCUGCAUAACCCGUAGCUAUCGAGCUGAAAAAAGUAGAACUCGGCGCCAUUUAUCUGAAUAUAAUCACGUUGAAGCGGAAUGUCCAUUUAUUGAUUUUAAUGAUUUAUUAGAACGAAUUGAGGAUUUAGUUGUGGAUGUUUGUGAUCGCAUCAUGAAACGAUCCGGUGAUCUGUUGUUAGAUGUGAACCCGCAAUUCAAAACACCUAAACUUCCUUUCAAACGACUAAAAUACGAAGAUGCAAUUGUUUAUUUAAAUAAUUUAGGUAUUACAAAGGAAGAUCUUACACCUUUUCAGUAUGGUGAUGAUAUUCCUGAGGCUCCUGAACGUCGACUUGUAGACACAAUUGGUGAACCGGUUCUGUUAACUAAUUUUCCUGCUGGAUUAAAAGUCUUCUAUAUGUUACGAACUAAAGGUGAUGAACGUCUAACUGACUCGGUAAGUAGCUCUGUGUAAUUCAAAAAUCCCUUUUCUUGUUCAAACUGCUUUACAAUAGGCCUUGCAUUUUUGAUAUUCAAUUAGUUAUGAUGCUAAAGUGAGUUGGAAAUAACUUGUUUGAAACUGUAUUGACCUUCGUUUGGGUUACUUUUUUUUAAUCUAUCGCUCAUACGUAUAUUUCUAGUUGAAUGAAUAAAUUCAAUAGAUUCCUACGACAUACUUGCACAUGGUCCGUCAGAAAAAUAAAUAGUAAAACAAAAAAACCUUGGACAACAACCAAAUACUUACACGAGGAGGAGGAAAGUCUUUAUCGAUUGGGGGUUAAACAAAGAUAGGCAAUACGAUGGUCGAAUUGAAUCACAGUAGCAUUUGAAGAUAAAACAUUGUUGGUCACUUUUUUAUUAAUAGACAGUGCAUAGCUUGACGUCAUAAAUGGACAUCUCUGAGAAACUAUGGUGUACUGAACAACUGUUUCGUCCUAGUCUACAAAUCUUUUCACUCACAUGGAAUUGAACCGUGCACCAUCUUCACUCCCACGUCACUGUGAAACACGACACCUUCAAAUUAUUUAGUCAUAAUUUCACCGAGUCAAUAUGUAAUAUAUAAUCUUCAGUGAAGUACUGUGACACUGUCAGCUUGAUUGACUUCAUCAAUCGUCAGUAGUGUUAUAUCCCCCGGUGAAUUACGAAUGGUAACUUUUAGGUUUAUUUAUGGACCAAUGUAAUAUGCCUAUUUCCUAUUUUACAAUUAUUACGUAACUAAACUAUUCAUAUUCGUAUUUCUCUUAUCAUUAGCUUUAUUUUGACCUUGACUUAUUCAUACGAUUCUUGAGUUAUAAUCAGUUUAUUGAUUACUUCGGUUUGUAUAAAAACCCAGUGUGUUUGUAAAUAAUGAUUCAUAUUGCCGAGGCUGUUGUUUGUGUUCUGGACUUAACUGGCUGGGCUAGGCAGUAGGAAGGACCGGUUAGCACUCUAGUCUGCUCGUACGGUUUCGUGUAUCACUGUUCCAAUCAAUAAUUCGCUGCUCCCUGUUUGGCGGUCUUAUCGCAUCACACAUCAACUAGGCAUCCACUCGGCCAAAAGAUACAACAAGUAAUGUACACACUGUUUAAGGAGUCCAAGUCAGAAUAACUUUAUUAAAUAAGUUACAUUUUUUGGCUUCGCUGAUUUCAAGAUCACCCUGUUUUUGUUAAUUUUGCAGGUUGAUCUACUUGUCCCAGGCGUUGGUGAAUUAGUCGGUGGAUCAAUGCGUAUAGAUGAUAUUGAUAAUCUUCUCAAAGGAUAUCAGUCUUUGGAAGCAGAUCCAACCGCUUAUUACUGGUAUACAGAUCAGCGCAAAUUCGGAACUUGUCCACAUGGUGGCUAUGGAUUAGGCUUCGAACGAUUUUGUACUUGGCUUUUAGGCAAAGAUCAUAUACGAGAUGUUUGCCUAUAUCCUCGCUUCAUGGGUCGAUGUCGACCAUGAGUAAUAGUUUCAUCAUAACCCCUACAUCUUCGUAUGGAUGUACUGUGUUCUGUUCUUAAAUUAUCAGUACAAAAUUUUGUCAUAUACAUAUAUAUUUGUCAACAACUUCAAUGUUCAAUAAUUUGUAGUUUGUUGCAUUUUUUUCCAAGCGGAUGAUAAAUAUAUAUCAUUACUGAGGUU